AUGACGACUUCGCUGCUCCUGCACCCGCGCUGGCCGGAGAGCCUUAUGUACGUCUAUGAGGACAGCGCGGCGGAGAGCGGCAGCGGCGGCGGCGGGGGAGGCGGCGGCGCGGGCGGCGCGGGGGGCGGCUGCAGCGGAGCGAGCCCCGGCAAAGCCCCGAGCAUGGACGGGCUGGGCGGCAGCUGCCCGGCCAGCCACUGCCGCGACCUGCUCCCGCACCCCGUGUUGGCCCGCCCGCCGGCUCCUCUGGGUGCCCCUCAGGGCGCCGUCUACACGGACAUCCCAGCUCCGGAGGCGGCGCGCCAAUGCGCCCCACCGCCGGCGCCCCCCACCUCGUCCAGCGCCACCCUGGGCUACGGUUACCCAUUUGGGGGCAGCUACUACGGCUGCCGCCUGUCGCACAACGUGAACCUGCAGCAGAAACCUUGCGCCUAUCACCCGGGAGACAAGUACCCGGAGCCGUCGGGCGCCCUGCCUGGUGACGAUCUGUCCUCCAGGGCUAAGGAGUUCGCCUUCUACCCCAGCUUCGCCAGCUCCUACCAGGCAAUGCCCGGAUACCUGGACGUGUCGGUAGUGCCCGGGAUCAGCGGGCACCCGGAGCCGCGUCACGACGCGCUCAUCCCUGUUGAAGGCUACCAGCACUGGGCUCUUUCCAAUGGCUGGGACAGUCAGGUGUACUGCUCCAAGGAGCAGUCGCAGUCCGCCCACCUCUGGAAGUCUCCCUUCCCAGACGUGGUUCCUCUACAGCCCGAAGUGAGCAGCUACCGGCGCGGGCGCAAGAAGCGCGUGCCCUAUACCAAGGUGCAGCUGAAGGAGCUAGAGAAGGAGUACGCAGCCAGCAAAUUCAUCACCAAAGAGAAGCGCCGGCGCAUCUCAGCCACCACGAACCUCUCGGAGCGCCAGGUCACCAUCUGGUUCCAGAACCGGCGUGUGAAAGAGAAGAAGGUGGUCAGCAAAUCGAAAGCGCCUCAUCUCCACUCCACCUGA